AUGUCAAACCGAAGUAUCUUUUCUAGUUUCCGACGACACAGCUGGGGUCCCCCAAGAAGAAUGUCCGGUCUAGAAAACAGCAAUGGGUUCCCUGACGAGCGAGAAGCUUUGAUCCCCGACUCUCGUCGCAACUCAACACAGCAUAAGCGCCACCUCCACUGGACGAGCUGGCCGGCGCACGCCCUUCACUUGACAUGGGCUACGCUUGCACGAGACUAUGUCAACGUCCUCCUCGUCUUUGUCCCUCUGGGUAUCAUUGCGGGUGCGUUGCAUUGGGACAGCACUGUGGUUUUCACUUUGAACUUCUUGGCUAUCGUCCCUCUUGCUUCGCUACUGAGCUUUGCGACAGAGGAAUUGGCGGCUACGUUGGGACAGGCGCUGGGUGGACUGAUGAAUGCGACUUUUGGAAAUGCGGUUGAGCUGAUUGUCAGCAUCAUUGCCCUGAAGGACAAGCAGAUUCGUGUUGUUCAAGCUAGCAUGCUCGGUAGCAUUCUCUCCAACAUUCUGCUGGUCUUGGGUUGCUGCUUCCUCGUCGGUGGUAUCCGGUACCCUGAGCAGUCGUUCAACAGCACCGUGGCAUCGACCAUGUCGUCUCUCAUGACCGUUUCCUCCGCCUCAUUGAUUAUCCCAGCUACUCUCUACGCCUCCUUGUCUUCCGCCAAAGAGGGCCACAAAGAUGAGAACAUCCUCUUCCUUUCCCACUGGACCGCCAUCAUCCUCCUCGUUCUAUACAUCAUAUACCUCUUCUUCCAGCUCAGGUCGCACGCGCAUCUAUUCGAGGAGGUCAACAACGAGACAGCCGGUGAUCCCGAACACGCCGGCGAGCGUGAAGAAGAGGAGGAAGAGGAACAUCUUUUGAACCCGUGGGCUGCCAGUAUUGCCCUAGUCAUCGUCACCAUUCUUGUCGCCAUAUGCGCAGACUACCUUGUUGGCAGCAUUGACAGCAUCGUCGAGAAGACGGGCAUCAGCCGCACCUUCAUCGGUCUUAUCCUGAUCCCCAUCGUCGGAAACGCUGCGGAGCACGUUACAGCUGUUGUGGUCGCCUACAAGGGCAAGAUGGACCUUGCCAUCGGUGUUGCCAUUGGAAGCAGUCUGCAGAUUGCUCUGUUUGUUACACCCUUCCUUGUCAUCCUUGGAUGGAUCAUGCACAUCGAAAUGACGCUUCACUUCCACAUCUUUGAGACCGUCGCAUUCUUCAUCUCCGGGCUCGUUGUGACGUUCCUCAUCCAGGAUGGAAAAUCCAACUACCUCGAAGGUUGCCUGUGCUUGGGCAUGUAUAUGAUCCUGGCCCUUGCCUUCUACGUCUACCCAGACAGUGUAGACGAGAACGCUCUAUUCAACGCCAUGAAGCUGCGGUAA